AUGAAUCUUGAUAAACAAAAUCAGAAUGUUUUUCAAACAGUCGUUGGUAUCAUAAUACGAUCGCGAAUUGUUUUAGCUGCGGUAGGGCAGACAUCCGAUCAGUCAAGUUUUACAUGCUCAGAAGCUCAUCAUCAACUUCAAAACAAUUAUUGUGAAUUAAAAAAGAAAUGUUUCCUUCAAGAUUCAACUGAAUUCGUUUCGUUUUGGUGUCAAAUAUGUAGUUAUAAGAGAUAA